CAAGGGGGUCACCUAGUCACUUUUCAGUUCCAGUUCCAGUUUCAAAGUCGACGGAGCCCGGAAAAAAAAACACUUUCGAGUUGCAUCAAGAUUUCGAGUAUUUUUGCUGUUUUUGCAGUUGCCAUUUGAUUGGCGACACCCACAGCAGCAGCAAUGUCCCAGGAAAAGGAAACGACGACUCCGGUUACCGGAAUGGAUGAAGUGUCCCAAAAAUCAGAGCAGAGUGCCAUUGUGCCAAACUAUGAAAUAUGCGCAAAAGAAGACACCGUGUCUGCUACGAAUGUAAAGGACACUACUGUCCACUUCCAGGAUGGAGUGCCUCGUGCUACUGUGGAUGCAGGAUUCCAGGCAAUAUACACUUCCGCUGCCGCAGGUGCAACUUCCCAAAAGAUAAACACUGCAUACACUUUGAAUGAAAUAGCUCAACAUAUUCCUGAUGCUUCUUUCGUUGACUUACCACAAACAUCCAAGAAUGAGAGCGCUGUUCCCCAGAAGAAUGCAUUCACUGCCAGACCAGUAUAUUCCACUAAAGCCAACAUGGAUGAGCAGCCCAGCACUUCAUCAACGGUGGUGAUGGUGGAGCAGCCAAACACAAUCAUCGAGCUGGUGGAUCUCUAUGUGCCGCCUGGUUCGCUGGCGCCCAGCAAGGGUAGCUUCAUGAACAACCGCAUUAGCCGUCCGUUCUUCCCCAUCCCCACGAUCAAGUCCCCGGAAACGGCGGUGGACUCCACACCCAAGCCGGCGACCAAGGGCCGUAGGCGUGGCCGGAAGCCAGGUCCACCCAAACCGCGUCCCGCCAAGCGUCGUCGCGCGGAGACGCCACCGCCACUGCCGCCGCCACCGAACUUCCUGGCGAACUGCAUCAAUCCGCUGGAGCAUGAGAUAUAUCCCAAGGUCAUUGUCCAGCCGGCCCACCAGCCCUGGGUGCUGCCCAAGCACACUCCGCCUGAUGCAGCUCCUCCAAAGCAGCCGCUGCCGCCAUCUUCCAACGUGGCAAUGAUUCCCGUCAGCGGUGCAGUGACCACUUCCACCACACAAUCCAGGCCCGUGGUGGUAAGCGCCCAUCUUCGCGAGAAACUGCGCCUCUUUGGCCCGGACGUGACCAUCUCGCUGAUCCACGACCAGGUGUCGCCGCACUUCAAGGCGGUGCGGCAGGAGCCCGAUGGCAAUCAGCGGCAAUUAGUGUUCACCGCCGCCCAGCUGCUCUCCUUCAGUGGGGCCCACCAUGGCAAUUGGCCCCAGAUGUUGCCCAUCCAGAUGAUGAUGAUGAAGCCCUCGCCCGCCAUGCUGUCCCACUACUUUCCCGGACCCAUGGGUCAAUUACUGGUCAAACAACUGUAUCCCAAUCAGCAGCCGCUCUACCAGCCGCCACCAUUGCCCUUCAAGCCGCCCACCGUCAGGCCGCCAAAGGGCGUCAAAGUGAUUCCAAGGCCCAAUUCCACCUAUGUGCAUCCGGGCAGGUCGCAGGUAUCCAAGUCCUUUGCAGCUCCUGCUCCGCCACCAGCUGUGCCUGCUCCGGCUUAUGCUGCUCCUCCAGCUGUGCGUGUUCCAGUUCCUCCUCCAGCUGUGCGUGUUCCUCCUCCAGCUGUGCGUGUUCCUCCUCCAGUUGUGCGUGUUCCAGCUCCUCCUCUAGCUGUUGCUCCUCCUCUAGCUGUUGCUCCUCCUCCAGCUGUUGCUCCUCCUCCAGCUGUUGCUCCAGCUCCAGCUCCUCCUCCAGCUCCAACUUUCGCUCCUCCAGUUGCCCCUACUCCUUCGGCACCCCCCGUGUCGCCCAGCAGCCCACCGAAGUCGCCAGUGAAGCGGAUGCCAGCCAUCAUUGUGCCCUCGAUCCUCCGGCACGCGUCCCAGGUGAAGCUGCGCCAGGCUUUGGAGGCCAAGAGGGCCAAGGCCAUGAAGGAGGCGGAGGAGGCAAAAAGGGCCAAGUUAGAGGAGCAGGACAAGCCAAAGGAUAUGUAGGAUUUGGACUAGUCAAACCAAGAAAAUUAAAUGCAAAACAUACACUUACAUAUCUAGCACAUGCUAGAAAAUAAUGAAAUUAACCAAAUGAAUUCCAAGUAACUCUGAACAAUGAAACACAUGAUAUGAAUGCGGACAACUCAGCGCCAUAAAAUGCUAUGUGAAACACACAUGAAACUGCAAAAACACAAUAACACAAGUAAAAGCAGAAGCAAAUUAUACAAAUGUGAUUCAAAUAGGGCGUUGCAAUGCAAACAUUUUGACGAAUCUUGUCGCGUAAACCGGAAAUUCCGUAUGGAGUGAUCAUUUGGCUGGCAUUCCCAUGGACUCAUCAAACAGAAAUUGUCAUGCUAAUUGGCUUUGAAAGGGCCAACAAAUAAAACGCUUUGCUUUCGCGGUCUGUUGUAA